GGGCCACGCACUUCGGUGGCGCCGCCACUUGGCGAAAAGGCGCCGGCUAGCCCUAGAUAGUGCGAGAGAUGCCAGCUCUGCCGCGGUCGGGCAUGGAAGCGAGCCGAGGAGGCGUUGGCUGCGCGUAAGCGAGCGGAAGUCAAUAUGACGCCGACGUGAUAGCUGCUCGAAAUAAGCUGCAGCCGGCGCUCGAAGAAUGGCCAGCGUCCAGCGAGAUCACUGGUCUUUCGUCGUGCUUCAGUUUCUGCUGCUAUCGCUGCUCAUUUGCAGGCACGGUGCCUUCGCGGACCGGAACAAGUACUUUCACAUCUCAUCAUUGUGCAUGGGAGAGCGACACUACCCUCAGUACAAGAAGAUUGACGGCGCUGUGCUGACAUCUGAAAGCGAAAACAACCUGGAGUGCGCCGUCACCUUCCAGACUGAUUCAAUCUUGCAACGCUUCAUGCUUCGCUUUGAAAGGCUGGCCUUGGACUGCCACGAUCAUCUAGUCAUUUUUGAUGGUGCCCAUGCUAUAGGAAAUCACAAGGUGGAUCUUUCAUGUCGGAGCACACGCUCCGAUGUGGGAACAAUCUUCACCCAGGGGAACUACGUGACCCUCAAAUAUACCACAGACAGCUGGAGCCCACAAGGAAAUGGCUUCAAGCUGAUAAUCACUGCCUACAAGGACAGCUCACUUCCUGAUCUCAAGCAUGACCUGAAGUGCCGGGAUUUUGAGUGCCGCAACACUUUUUGCAUCUCAAGCAACUUGACAUGUGAUGGGGUAAACCACUGUGGAGACAACAGUGAUGAGACAAGCCAUGCUUUAUGCAUAGACGAUAUGGCCAGCAGCCAGAUUCUGGGCCUUGGCGUGAGUGUUUUUGUGACACUGGCCCUGGUGGUGAUAGUGGUGUGCCUGGUGCUGUGUGUGGGUGCCCUGUGCCUGUGCCAGCGGCUGCAGCAGCAACAGCAGCAGCGCCAAGCAGCUGCCGGAGCGAUGACUCUGCCAGGGAGCCAUCCCACUGCCCUGCAGGCCAACCACAGCGCCUUCCCCAGAGAGCCUCUACUACCCAGCCACAAAGUGACCAGGCCCGCAACGGCUCCAACUGGCUCGUCUGAGCAGGGCCUCCAGCGCGACCUGUCCGCGUGUCGAGAGCAGUUCUCCUCGCCGAGGCCACUGGAUGCUGUUCCUCCUGUUUCUCCGGGCGGUGUCUCCCCAACUAGCAUGUUUCGCCAGGGGUCCCUGUCGUCACAGCCUGACCUGUUGGCUGUCACAUGUGGGGGUGAGGCCCCGCAACACACCUGGGCCAACACGCUGCCCAGGGGUCGGCCUGAUGUACUGGGCCCCAGCUUUGCCAUCGAGCAUGUUGAGACACCUCCUCUGCCAUGGGACAUGCAUAACGGCACACUUUCCAUGCCACGAGGAAAAGGCUCCGAGCUUCCUCCAGACUCUGUGCAAGUACGGCACCACAGUGUUGUCUCCGCUCAGCCCACUGGCUGGGAACAAACUUGGCUUUGAGCCAAGGUGCUAGUUGUAACUAAGAAGGGUGAGUGACACUUUCAUCACCCCCACAAUAAGAAAAUUUGUUCCUGAGCAGAUGGCCAAUAGGGAUAAUGUUAAAUUUGCAUGGAUUGAGGCAGCUAUAGUUUAUAUUCAGUUUACAUGUCUAGAUGCUGUGUUGCACUCAUUGUGCAGAAUGCGGUAACUUGCAUUAUUGGUAGUGGAAAUACGUGCUCUGAAAGCUGUCUUCUGAGCAGCAAGUAAGUGAACAUGGAAAAGUAAAAAGAAAUGAAGUCAUUUAGCAGUCAUUGUUUUUUCUCCUUUAAUUGUGCCAUUUAGAGAUCUUGGAGAAACAACCUUAACCAACUAUAGGUUUACAGUAAAUUACAAUAAGUAUUUACUUUGCAUUACCAUUCAUUAUUUAUUAUUUUUUAUUAUAUAUUUUGUGCAAAUAUAUAUUUAUUUCAUAAAUGCAUAUUCAUAUGAUGUAAAAAUGUAUAAACGAAGCUUGAAGAACAUGAUAGCUUCUGUAUCCUUUUUUUAAAGGUGUGGCAUCUUCUGUUACAAUAGCUGUUAGCUAAACAGUAUGUCAUUAUGUGUAAAUAUGUGCUGCUUGAUAUGAACCAAAGUGAUGGAUUGUAUUACAGCGUAUUGUGAUGUAACAGCCACCAGAGUCUUGUUUAUGGAACACUCUGGUAGGGUACAAGUGUCCUCUAGUGAUGCAAAUGUAUCAGCAUGGUAGUAUUUCAUUGCAGUUGUUGAGAAGUUUGACAUCGGAAUGGCAACAGAAACAUGCCACCUCUGGUGCUGUUGAUGGUCAGCUGCCAGCAGCUUACCCAACUUAAGUCAAAAUUUCUGGAAAGAACAUGUAGUUAAUUACAAAAUGCAUGUCCCCUGAACCUCGGUGUUACAGCUACAGCUAGGCAGCAUAAAAUUCAAGGAUGGAGCCUACAUUUAUAGUUGCAGCUGAUGGUUAGGGGACAAAAUUUUUACAAAGCUCGAAAAUGCUGUGUUUUCUGGGUUCCAUGAAAUGUCUGCAAGGCACUCAGUCAUAAAAGCUUACACCAGGUGCCAACUCAUGAGACAUGGCAGCAAACAAUUUUAGCAAGGUCAGCAUUGCUAACCACGAAGUACAGGCUGUCAAGCUAGCAUGAUAGAUCAUUAAACAAGUGUUUACAGUUUUUAACAUUCCAAGUAAAAAAAAAGUAAUAAUAAAUAAUCUAAUUAUUUUUUCAGGGAGACAAAGCUGGACUUACAGCAUUUGUCCAAAACCUUGCCUUGUCGAACUGGUUCCAAUUGGAAAUCUUUGUACACCCAGCUGGUAUUAAGACAGUUCCAACCGGACACCAUUAUGGGACUAAUUGGCAUUAAGACAGUCCCAAUUGUACAUCACUAUGGGUCUAGAUGGUGUCAAGACAGCUCUAAUAGGGCAUUCAUUGGGUUUUAUUACAUAAUUUUAGCCAAAGGGUCCAAGUUACAAGUUCAUCAAUUAGUUCAAUAUGCAUGUUCGAGGCUCAAGAACUAAGUUCAUGGAUAUCUCAUUCAGGUGUUCAGAGGCACCAAUUGGAAUCUGUAAAUACCAACUGGUCUUAAUGGGAGUCUGAAUGCCAUUUGGUUUGAUUAAAUUCUAAUGCAUGUUUAUAUUGCAGUUUUGUUUAAAGGAUCCCUGAACCAUCCCUCAGGCUUGGUGAAAUAACAUAGUCUGCGGGUAGCAUAUGCUGUUGUGAACAUUUCAGCCAAGUUUUGCUGUCAUAUGCGGUGCGUGGAGCUCGCAAGCAGAUUGCGAAGUCUCCAUUCUCUCAAACGCUCUCUUUUCAACAGAAGGCCCUGUCCUUACUCUCUUCUGGAUGCUUCAUUUCGUAAUCAGACGACUUAUUUCAUCAUUUCCUUAGACAGCUCCUACUGGCCGAUAGCUGACAUCAAGCUGCGUCGACUAUAUGGUGUAGAUACCGCGGCUGCCACAGGGUGCCGCCACGAGUCCACUGACUGAGCGCACUGCGGCUCGCCGAGGAUAACUGUUUGGCUUAUGUUUAGCGUGUCGUAGGCACCAAAAGCGGAAGUCAUGGCGUCUAUGUUAACAUCCAAAAUAAAAUUUGAACUGCGCGCCACGGUGACAUUUAUAAGGCGGUGCGUUGUGGUCACGCCCCACUGUGCCCUAGCACUGCAAGGCACUGAAGAAGGAGCGGGAGCACAGCGGAGGCCGUGCUUGAUUGCCAGUAAUUUCGGUUCUGCUGAAUGCAUUGAAGUACGUCUUGCGGCAAAGUAUUUCUGAAAUAGCUUAUUUUCACUUCAAAUGCCUUUCUCCACUUUGAUAAAAAGUAGUUCAGGGCCCCGUUAAAGCUUAUUAUUUAUAUUAAAUUAGAUUUGUAAUAGAAGGUAAUGAAAUGAAGUUUAGAUGUUGCAGUGAUACCAUAAACCUAUACAUUUUACUCAGUUUUAGGAAGAUAACUGUGCUAGUUUAUCAGUUUUACUAGCAUGUAGAAACACACACAGGAUCAGUUUAAUUUUCUAAGUUUAGGCUUCACAAGCAUUUUUUAAAAGCAAGCGCACUGCAUUCAAGUUUUGAAUAAGGCAAUGGUUAAAAAUAAAGAAGACACAGCACAAUUGUUUUUUCUUUCGUUCUUUAAUUUGGACAGUGAGAAUACAGCUCACUUGUAUUUCAUAGCGAACACCUCAAGUUUUUAUUCCUGGCAGCUGGCUAUCUGAGGCCACUGAAGAACAAUGAGUACAAUUUAGGGUCUGAGCUUCAAUAACUCUGCAUCACUAAUAUUGGUGGAAAAAGCAUUGGCUGUGUAUAUAUAUAAUGUAUGUGUGCAUGCUUGUGUAAAACUGAUCCUAACGUAGAUCUGUACUGAUAUAUACAUAUUUUAUUAACACAUAUAAUUUUCCUGUCACAAACUUGAGUCAUUCUUUUCUUUACGAAAAAAAAGAAGCUGAACAUUUCAAUUAGGCCAACUUGUUUUAUGCUGCAUGCCAGUAUAUUGUAGGCACACAUAUAUUAAAAAAAAAAGCGAACUGCUCGUCAGUUGCAUGCAUGUGUGUGACAGUUAUUCACAAAUAAAAUUAUACUGUGAGAGCGCACACACCUGAUCUCAUAUAAUGGUGCCAGGGGAUCAUAGUGCCAGCCCAUGGACGUGCGUGUCAACUCCAUCUGUUACAACACUUCAUUCUCACUUUGGAGGCUUCAUGUUAAAUGGAGUCAUCUCUAUGGGAAUCAAGCUUUUGAUGAUUAGAUUACUUGCAUGCAUUUUUGAGAAUUUUCAUAUCUGAGUAUCUUGAGGAAUUUGGCCAGCAUAAGGGGGUGUGUUUUUACCACUGUUUUUGGACUGUUUCUGACAAUGUUUUUUUACAACUUUGUCUAGCCUUAGAACACUUUUUAUAUGUGAUGUGAACUCUUGAUAAGAAGAACAGCCUGUUUUUCGGCAGUGAAAUGCCAUUAGGCUGUCAUGUAUGAUGGAAGCAAGAGUCAGAGAAAGGUCUCGGACAAUGCUUUUUUUAUGAUGCUGAAGCACUCUUAUGCACUUACUUUGUGGUACGAGAUGUGCUGGUGUUUUUUAUUUUUGCCACUGUGUAUGGAAGAUUUCUUUUACAAGAGCUGCACAGGAAAAGGUGAUCGUAUUAUUCACAUUUUGCAAAGCCUAAAGUGCAUAUGUUUGCUAAUGUUUUUGUUAACAUUUCUAUUUUCUAUACAGUUGCUUGCAUUUCUUGCUCUUUUUCAUCAUUAAUGCAAAUGUCUAAUUAUGUGUGCAGUCCUGUUCUCUUUAAAUCAUCCAUGGCACUCAAAUUUCACUUCCACACUUUGCCCAGCUAAUUUAUUAAUGACAUAUCACAGCCCAUUUGCGAUACAGUGACGUUUGGCAAUAUGUAAUGUCAUUAUUACAUAGAACAGCAAUAUAGUACUUUAUGUAGACAGCUUGAUGUGCAAUGCUGUGAUGAACUUGUUUUUGUUUUUUCAUUUUUGCAUGGCCUGAUAUAUAUGAUGCACAUAGUGAGUGUACAAGGCCGUGCAGUAAACAUACCCACGUAGCCUUAUUACUGAUAAGAAAAAUGAGCCAUUGUCAUUAGGUCAAGUUACCAACAUCUGUCACUAAAAAGAGAACAAUUUUGUCUAUUAUGAACGCUAAAAAUGAAAAGAGGAUCACUGAAUGAUUGUGGCAUGUCAGUUCCACAUGAAAGGAACUACCUGAUCAAGAAGAGUACUCUUAAGCUGAGUUAUUAUAAUUGCUGACACCUUGAUACAAGACCUAGAUAAAAGUAAGCCAGUUGAUGCUGCAACAGGAGGGUGCAAUGAACUAUCCAUUAACAACAGCUAAAAAAUUGCAGUAAGUUGGGAUGGGCAAUUCAUCUACUUGAACACAGUGCACAAAUGUUUGAAUGAAACAGAGUUAGUAUCCUUGUAAAGAGAGCAUAUUGGUGUGCUUCUGGGGUACCGAAUUAAUGGUUGAAUGGCAUCAUGAAAAUUUAUUAGCAUUUUAAUGAAAUGAAGAGAAUGGUCAAGACAAAUAAAUUAAUGUUGAUUAGCAUGAAGCCUACAAUGUUUCAUCCCUUAAAUGUAAAACAGGUGUGUCAUAAGUGUGGGUAAAUGCUUAAUUCCCAAAAGACAUGGUUUUGUGUGGCAAUGUUCUUUGGCCUUUAUAAUGCUGUGUUUUUCAGCAAAAAUCAAACUGACCUUGCUAUUUAACAAGUUUACUGAUUGGUGAUGGCAAUCAACCAUCAUGAUAGGAAAAUUAUACUGCUUCCAAACUUUCUGGAAUGUUGGUAGCUCAUUCUUGAGUAAUCUGGCUCAACUGUGUGAGGGUGUAUUUAUUUUCUUAAAAUGCGGUACCCUGAAGCCUGCUAGCUUCCCUUCAUUUUGGAGACAUUAGUUUUAUAUUAUGCUAAUAACACCUGGCCUACCAUAUACUGACUUUAGUUAUGCAGUCACCUUUAUUGCACAACCAUGAUGUGACUGACAUUUGACACUUGAGUUUCCAUGGACCAAGCUAGUAUGCGCAAAAACACUGCAGGCAUGAUGGCCAGCAUGCACACUGAAAUUGACCUCCUGGGAAGAUUUGUGCAUAUCAUGUUGUUUUUUUUAUGAGAGUUGUUUCGUGUGCCUGCAUGGGGCCUUGUGUGCACAUUGUAGAACUGUCGUGUUAUGUCGGUUGAAAGAAUCAGGGCUCUAAAAGAAUAAAAUGACCAAUUGGAAGUUGA